AUGGCUUGCCAGAACUACUGCUCUGCAAACUGUGGUUCAGGGUCCCACAGGAACACCUGCCACAUCCCUGCCUCACCAUCUGUGACCCUCUGCUCUACCAAUGGGAGCUGUGGAGAUGUCUUCUACUUACCCAGCAGUGGUCAAGACCAGGCCUGGCUCUCUGACAACUGCCAAGAGACCUGCAUGGAAUCAACCAGCUGCCAGCCACUCAACUGUGUGCCCAGCAACUGUGCAACCUCUGGGGGCUCUUCCACCGUGUACUAUGUGCCCAGACCUAGCCAAGGCACCAGUUUGGUUCCUGUAUCUUCCAUCAUCUCCAGCUCCUGCCUGCCAGUCUCCUGUAAGCCUCUGAGUUAUGUGCCCAGCAGCUGCCGUCCACAGAGCUCUCUGCUUACCAAUUGCCAGCCCAUAAGCUGUGGGCCCACUGUCUACCGCCCAGUGACCUUUCUGCCCACCAGCAGCCGACCUCAGGGCAUCCUCACUUUUGGAUGCCAGCCAGGAGGUUCUGUGACCUGUGGUCCUCAAGUGGUGCAUGUGGUAUCCAGUAGCCCAAGGCCUCCACAGCCUCCAUCCGGCGGUUGCCAACCUGUGACCCAUGUGUGUGGCACUUUCCGUCCAUCUUGCUCUGCUCAGGGAUGCCAGUAG